GAAAGAGGAAGAAAACAAAAAGCUGCCCCUUAUGGAAGAUAUAAAGGAUUCUAAGGUGAAGAGAUUUUGCUCCAAAAACAUCUUGAUCAUCCUCAGUGUCUUCUCUCUCUUGGCCGUGAUAGCUUUGAUUGCUGUGGGAUUGACCCAGAACAAACCGUUGCCAGAAAAUGUUAAGUUUGGGAUUGUGCUGGACGCAGGGUCUUCUCACACCAACUUGUACAUCUACAAGUGGCCCGCCGAGAAGGAGAACGACACAGGCGUGGUGCACCAGCUACAGGAAUGUCAAGUGAAAGGUCCUGGAAUCUCAAAAUACGCUCAGAAAACAAAUGAAAUAGACACAUACCUGGCCGAAUGCAUGAAAAUGUCCACUGAGUUGAUCCCAGCCUCUAAGCAUCAUGAGACGCCUGUUUACCUGGGAGCCACAGCAGGCAUGCGCUUACUUAGAAUGGAAAGUGAGCAAGCAGCAGACAGGGUCCUGGCUGCAGUGUCAAGAAGCCUUAGAAACUACUCCUUUGACUUCCAGGGUGCCAAGAUCAUCACUGGCCAAGAGGAAGGGGCCUAUGGGUGGAUUACUAUCAACUACCUGCUGGGCAAAUUCACUCAGAAACAGAGUUGGCUAAACCUCAUCUCAGCAAACCAGAAAGAGGCAACCUUCGGCGCGUUGGAUCUCGGUGGCGCCUCUACACAAAUCACCUUUGUGCCAGUAAACAGCACGAUAGAGGCCCCAGAAAACUCUCUGCAGUUUCGCCUCUACGGCGAGGACUACACUGUGUACACACACAGCUUCCUGUGCUACGGGAAGGACCAGGCACUCUGGCAGAAACUAGCCAAGGACGUUCAGGUUUCAAGUGGCGGGACCCUCAGGGAUCCAUGCUUCCACCCGGGGUACGAGAAGAGAGUGAAUGUCAGUGAGCUCUACGGCACCCCCUGCACCAAGAGGUUUGAGAAGAAGCUACCAUUCGAUCAGUUUCAAAUCCAGGGCACUGGAGACUACGAGCAGUGCCAGCAGAGCAUCCUGGAGCUCUUCAACAGCAGCUACUGCCCUUACUCCCAGUGUGCCUUCAAUGGCAUCUUCUUGCCACCUCUCCAUGGGAGUUUUGGGGCAUUCUCAGCCUUCUACUUUGUGAUGGAUUUUUUUAAGAAGAUGGAAAAAGACAGUGUCUCCUCUCCGGAAAAGAUGACUGAGACCUUAAAAAGUUUUUGUUCAAAGCCUUGGGAAGAGGUAAAAGCAUCCAAUCCGAAAAUAAAGGAGAAGUACCUGAAUGAAUACUGCUUCUCUGGGGCCUACAUCCUUACCCUCCUUCUGCAAGGCUAUAACUUCACAGGCAGUUCCUGGGACCAGAUCCGUUUUAUGGGCAAGAUCGAGGACAGCAACGCAGGGUGGACUUUGGGCUACAUGCUGAACUUAACCAACAUGAUCCCAGCUGAACAGCCACUAUCCCCGCCUCUUCCUCACUCCACCUACGUCAGCCUCAUGGUCAUCUUCUCCCUGAUCUUGGUCGCUGUAGCCAUCACAUGUCUGCUCAUCUAUAGCAAGCCUUCCUAUUUCUGGAAAGCGUCUGUAUAGCAGGAGCAGCCGGAAUUUGCUGUGUGGAGUGAGAGAGCAACUUUCUCAGGGAGCGUGUUCCUCCCUGCAGGGGACUCCAGAGUCCCGUCCCUGCUUUCCAGGGACAGUCUGGACCAGCACGAAGCGACUGAGGCUUUUGCUGAAGCCUUUCCUUGGGAACACUCAACCACCUCCACUGCAAGGACUUCCUGGUGAUGUUCUCUUGACUUUCCCAGCUACCUUCCCUCUCCUUUGUCCUCUGUGCUUGUGAUCGUGACUUUCAUGGUCUGCGCUUCAAAUAAAGAACAAUACCAACUUUGUCUCAAAGAACUAAGAGUCCCAAGUGCCACACUGCCCAGUGUGAGCUGGCUGUCAUAGCUUUGGGACUCCCCCUCCCCCAUCUCGUGAGAAAGCCAUGCAGUGCCUUUGGAGAGAAGAGACACAAACCCAUUCCAAGCCUGCCCUUUGGAUAGGAGGAUUUUUUGAAAUAGAUAUAUACGUGCUAAAGCCAAAGAGUGUUGUGCAAAGGAGCUGAUGUGCUUGUGCCAUUGUUGUGAUUCACCGUCUGCUGAAGAUAAGAGUGGAAGCCGUGUGUUCCUGCACAGUGCCAAGAUGCUCUCAAGAAGAGCACACGGGCCAGAGGUUUUUGAAAAGCAGAUGCACACAUUGGCAUUUUGGGGAUUCUGUGUGAUAGUAGUGUGUGUUGCUAGGAAGAAAACUACAGUUGCUACUCAGGACUGGGAAAAUAUACCCUCUAAUGCAUCUUGUAGAGCUUUUUUUUAAUGGUAAAAUACACAUAACAUAAAUUUCACCAUAUUUGCAUUCUGCUCAGUACAACGGAAUAUCAUUUAGUAAUUUACAGUGUUAUACAAUUAUCUCUAUUAUGAAGAUUUUGUUUCCAAUUAGGUGUGUAUGCAUGGGUCUGUGCACAUGAGUACAGUGAACAUGGUGGCCAGAGGAGGGUAUCAAUCCCUCGGAGCCGGAGUUAGAAGCAACCAAUUGUCAGCUGUCCAGUGUGAGUGCGGGAAAUUAAACUGGGGUCCUCUGCAAGAGCAAUGUGUGCUCUCAACCUCCGAGCCACCUCUCCAGCCCCUACGCCGCUAUUUUAUCCCCUUUUAUAACCAAGGUGUUGGCUGGGGACAAGAGCACACAUGAAUUUUCUCAAACUACAAACUGUUCCAUUGAUCACUAAGUAGACUCUGUUCCGCAGAGAUGGCUUACUGGGUUUAAAAGCCAUACAGCAUCCUAGUGUCCCAAGACUUAAUUUAGUGAGGGGGUAGGCUUUAGCCCUGCUGUGGUAUUUACACAUCAAGUGUUGCUACCCCUCUGUUAUACAACACAUGCCUUAUUUUGUUAUUUCAUGGAGUGUUUUGUGGGGUAAUGGCUAAAUGUUUAUUUUAUUAUGGAAAAGUGGAGAGGUCUUGUACCUUUCCUAUGAGUAUUGCUGCAAGAAUUAACUGUUGAGCAGAAUUGAGCAGUGAUGUAUCCUCACUCUGCCCCAAGCUGUCUGUCCAUCUCUGGUCUGGGGACGUACUGCUCAGAAAGGAAAGUUUCCCAUAAACUAGAUGUCAAGUGCUGCGUAUCUCUUGGGUAGUCAAGGCAUUUCUCCUUUUUACAAGUGUCUUCUCUUAUUCCCAAUGGAUGUGCUGACUGUAUCGUAGAUGCCAUUGACCAUCAGCUGAGCAUCUGUGGGAUAUUCUAUGCUUGGGUGCACUGUGUUCAUCUUCCCAUUCCGUUCUCACAGCAGUCUGAAGAAGGCGGCUCUUAUGGCUCCCAGUGCUCAUGGCAGAGUUGUGUGCAAACUCACAUCUUUUUUCUUUUUCUUUUGCUUUUGUUAUUGUUGUUUUGCUUUGUUUUGUUUUUGUUUGUUUGUUUUAAGACAGGAUUUCUCUAUGUAUCCCUGGCUGUCCUGAAACUCACUCACUCUGUAGACCAGGCUGUCCUUGAACACAAAUAUCCACCUGCCCUGCCUCCCUGGGAUUAAAGGCAUGGGCCACCAUACCUGGCCAUUUUCCUCCUUUUGAACACCCCACUACCACUACUGCCAAUAUGUUGGAAUUCAAAAUGACUAGUUUCCUUCAAAGAAUGAAAAUAUCUCUUGUUUAAUUACAUUUUUGUCUUGUUUCCCAGGUUCAAAAAAAAAAAUAAUGGAGACAGUUAGGUACAACCUAAUUUCAGUUCCAUUGGCGGGAAGGUUAAUCCAGGGGUCUUCUUUGGGCCCUUCUGGGUGGAGCAGGCUGAUAUCAAUUAAUUUUAAUAUUGGAUUGUUCAUUUGGUUGUAGUUAAUUAUUGUUCAUCUCUAGACUUUUACCCAGGACUCAGAAUCUGGUUCUGCUAAGCCUAUUCCUUUGCAUGUUGGUAUUUUUUUUUUCUAGGAGCCUACAAGGGCAACCAGUCAGCAGAAGUGGGCUCAUCAGGAUAUAAAUAAAAACAUGAAAUUACAGAACUAAGCUUUGUAUGUGUGUGCACAUGGGUGUGUAUGGGAGAGAAAAGUGUCACUUCAUCCAAAUAAAUAAACAAUAUCAUGUGACAUAAACAAAA